CUCCGUUUCUCUUUGGAUCUUUUGGCAAAGGAAGGUGUUCGAACUUCAUUUACCUGGAGAUUCGACUGCUAAAUAUUUGGAAUUUGUCAAGCACAAGGCACGAUGGCGUCCAAAUGCUUGGAUUGUGGUAAAGGCGUUACCGCAAGAUCGAAGGCUGUGCAAUGCUCUCUCUGUGAUGGGUGGCUACACAUUGCCUGCUGCGACAUCAGUCCAGAUCUUUAUGAUUACCUCCAGAGGACCACCUCCUCAGCUAUCAGUUUCCAUUGUGACUCUUGUCGAACUGUAUUGAGCGAUAGACGGGUGCUGAACUUAGUCCACGCACUUAGCCCACGAUCCAUUCCUACUCAAACUGAGAACUGCACCUCUGCUAAACCGCCGGUAUCUUCAUCGCCUCGUUCGGCCUCUGACUCAGCCAGUUCCACUGGUAAACGAAGUCGCGUCCCCUCGUCUUCGCUAUCGGAGCCUCUGACACUUAGUGAUGGCAGCCAUGAGUCCAGGAGAAAGACAUAUGCGGCAGUAGUGAGUGAGAAUGUAGAACAAGCAUCGGCUAGUACAUGCGCAGCUCUGCGAGCGAAGAAAACCAAGAGUGAUUCUACGACUAAACCCAAGAAAUCUUCUGAACUAAAGUUGGUCCUCGAUAGAGUAAGCCAGUUGGAAAACGUUCUCAAGAACAGCAUGCCUCCCAUGUCCCAACCCACUGAAUACAAUAAACCGCAUUCUCGUGACCGUUGUUUGAUUAUCAUGAAUGCUCCUGAAUCCAACAAGGGUUCCCCGGCUGAAAGGAUCCUGGACGACCAAGAGUUUCUGCGGCGAAUGGUCUCCCUCCUUUUUGAUGAAGGUGAACAAGGGAUCAAUAUUGUCUCUGCUUUUCGUCUCGGAAGAAAGCAAGACGAUUCUUCUAAAGUUCGUCCCCUCAAGAUUGUCUGUCAGAGUGAGGAUGAGUGUCGCCGCAUUCUCAGACGGACCCCACGUCUUAGGGGAGAAACCUUUUAUGUUUUGCGGGACCUCUGUCCGGAGGAUCGGAUCCGAAUGAAGAAAGCUGUCGAAGAACUACGAGCACGCCGGGAAAAUGGUGAGAUGAACCUCCACAUUGUGGAUUUUCGUGUAGUUCAAAAAGCUCCGAGAAUUCGCUGGAGGCCAAUCUUUGUCGCUCCCGGGCGGUAAGACCGAAGAAUAGUUUGAGGGUGAUAUCUGCUAAUGUACGUAGUCUACGAAACAAACUUGAUGAAAUUCAGAACUUUGCCUAUGAAAAUCACCCAGAUCUUAUGGCUUUCACAGAGACUUGGUUGUUUUCGGACAUCCUCGACUCAGAGGUGCAUAUUCCGGGGUAUAAUCUAGCUCGAGCGGAUCGCUCUCGAAAUAGGUCCGGAGGUGGUGUGAUUCUUUACUGGAAAGAGGACCUCAGGGGUCAUCUGGUUGAGGCCAUACGCGACAAUGAAGAUGGGUGUGAACUUCUUUGGUGUCGGAUACAUGAUGGAUGCAAGUCUCUUAUGGUUGGAGUCGUUUACAGAGCCCCCUUGGCUUCUGGAGCUAGCUUGCUGGACUCUAUUAGUAUGCACGGUAGAGGCAAGGAUUGUCUGAUAUUGGGAGACUUUAAUACUGCUAGUAUUGACUGGGAUUUGCUCCAUUGCAAUCUUCCCCCGAACUCCUUUGAUGCUGUCUUCCUCGAAACCGUGCUUGCAUGCCAUCUGUUUCAACAUGUUACAAUGCCCACCAGAAUGUGUCCGGGUCAAUCGCCACACAUCCUCGACCUCGUGCUCACACCGACGCAGUCGGAUGUUUCCGACUUGACUAUCCUCCAACCAUUUGGGAGAAGUGACCACUGCGUAGUUUCCCUUUGUUGGA